AAUGAAGAUGAAGUAGAUGCUGUACCAUCCUUAAAGAAAGAAGAUUCAGAUACAAAAUACCCAGAUUCUACUCUUAAAAAACCCUUACAGGAUCUGGUAGAAUUAAUCUGUGACAUCAAGAAAAUGGAAGAAGCUGUCAUGGAAAUGAAAUAUGAUGCCAAAAAAGCGCCAUUAGGUAAACUGACCAAGACUCAGAUAAAAGCAGGCUACCAGGCGUUAAAGGUUAUAGAAGGUUUAAUAGAUAGUAAUAAUUUUGGUCAUAAAUUAGUUGAGGCUUGUAAUGAUUUUUACACCAGAAUUCCUCAUGAUUUUGGGUUCAAAACACCUCCAGCCAUUAGAACAAAACCUCAAGUUAAAGAAAAAUUACAGCUGUUAGAG